GGGUCUCUCACCGUCCCUCGAAUUUGUUACUUUCUACCUCUUGAUUGUGGAAGUGAGUAGGAGAGGUUCGUGUUGCUGUGAAGAAGCUAGCGUGAGAGGGAGCUUGGGUUUUUCUCUUACAUAUCUCCUCAAUUACUGCUUUCAGUUAUCUUUUAGUUCAAGAUGCAGAUCUUUGUAAAGACCUUGACUGGGAAGACCAUCACCCUCGAGGUGGAGAGCUCCGAUACAAUCGAUAACGUGAAGACGAAGAUCCAGGAUAAGGAGGGGAUUCCUCCUGACCAGCAGAGGUUGAUCUUUGCGGGCAAGCAAUUGGAGGACGGUAGAACGCUGGCGGAUUACAACAUACAGAAGGAGUCCACCUUGCACUUGGUGCUUAGGUUGCGGGGAGGCAUGCAGAUCUUCGUGAAGACCCUGACGGGAAAGACGAUUACCCUCGAGGUCGAGAGCUCAGACACAAUUGAUAACGUGAAGACGAAGAUUCAGGACAAGGAGGGCAUCCCACCCGACCAGCAGAGAUUGAUCUUUGCAGGUAAGCAGUUGGAAGACGGGCGCACCCUUGCUGACUACAACAUACAGAAGGAGUCCACUUUGCACUUGGUGCUUAGGUUGCGGGGAGGCAUGCAGAUCUUCGUGAAGACCCUGACGGGAAAGACGAUUACCCUCGAGGUCGAGAGCUCAGACACAAUUGACAACGUGAAGACAAAGAUUCAGGACAAGGAGGGCAUCCCACCCGACCAGCAGAGGCUGAUUUUUGCUGGGAAGCAGUUGGAGGAUGGGCGCACCCUUGCCGACUACAACAUCCAAAAAGAGUCUACCUUGCACUUGGUGCUUAGGUUGCGGGGAGGAAUGCAGAUUUUUGUGAAGACCUUGACAGGGAAGACGAUUACUCUCGAGGUAGAGAGCUCGGACACAAUUGAUAAUGUGAAGACAAAGAUCCAGGAUAAGGAGGGCAUCCCGCCCGACCAGCAGAGGUUGAUUUUUGCAGGAAAGCAAUUGGAAGACGGGCGCACCCUUGCUGACUACAACAUCCAGAAGGAGUCAACCUUGCAUCUGGUUCUGCGCUUGAGAGGUGGUAUGCAGAUUUUUGUGAAGACCUUGACGGGAAAGACGAUUACCCUCGAAGUUGAGAGCUCGGACACAAUUGACAAUGUAAAGACGAAGAUUCAGGACAAGGAGGGCAUCCCACCUGACCAGCAGAGGUUGAUUUUUGCAGGAAAGCAAUUGGAAGACGGGAGGACUCUUGCUGACUACAACAUUCAGAAGGAGUCCACUUUACACUUAGUGCUUAGGUUGAGGGGAGGCAUGCAGAUCUUCGUGAAGACCUUGACGGGGAAGACAAUUACCCUCGAGGUCGAGAGCUCGGAUACAAUUGACAAUGUAAAGACGAAGAUUCAGGACAAGGAGGGAAUCCCACCGGACCAGCAGCGUCUCAUCUUCGCUGGGAAGCAAUUGGAGGAUGGUCGUACAUUGGCUGACUACAACAUCCAAAAGGAAUCCACCCUUCACUUGGUGCUGCGGCUCCGGGGUGGUCUGUAGAAUGACUAAUUAUUGAACAGAAUGUACCUCCUAUUUUGUGCCGUAUAUGAAAUUUAAAUAAAGCCUUGGCUACGUCUGUAAA